GACUACACUGAACGUUAUCGUCUGUAUUUCCCAAACGUCUCUGUUGGAAGAGGAAGCCUGCCGCGGUGAAAAGGGCAAUGAACAGGAGACCAUAUCAGUUCUGGCUUUAAGCUAAUAUACAUAGCGCCCUCUCUGACCUUGCUGGAGAGCUAAUCGCUACUCCUGUUUUGUGACCUUGCUGGGGGACUCAGGGUGACACAGGAGCACACACUCUCCUCUCGCAAUGAAAACUGCAACAGUAUCGCUCAUUGCUCUGAUGUGGACAUGCGUCAACAUCCAGAUCGCAGCCGUGCACCAGAGGGAUACAGAUCAUUUCAUCCAGGCCAUCCAGCAGAUCGAGGACUCUAGUCUGGAAGUCAGCCCUCUGUCUAUAGUAAGGAGCCUACGUAGGGCUGCAGGCCAUGACAACGCUUUCACACAGAGUUUCUUAGGGGCGAUUGACAGUGACAGUGAGUCUGAUAUUCUGAAAACAAACCACAGCAGGGACAUCGAGGCAUGGAGUUUAGAAUUUCUGCGAUUCUUUGACAAGGCCAUCCACAAUUUUGUGACGGAUGCCCGUGAAGAGAGAGGUGUGGUCCUCACCCCUGAUGGGACCACGGUCGCCUUGGCGCCCCUCCUACAGGGCAUAGAAGCCGGUCUGAAGGCCCGAUCCCAAGGCCUCCAUCCUCAGGAUUUACACCUCCUCACCCUGGCCAGGACCUUGGGCCUGUCUUUUCUCCAUGCAUAUAAUACCUCAUCAGCAGAGCGCUUGGGUCCAGAUGGAUGUUGGGACAACAUUACUGCGCCCAUGGUGUUCAAACUUCUGGGAGCACCCUCUCUUGCCACGGAUGCACUGAUCAAUGGGGGCAUGGAUGGUGCCCUUCUGGGAGUGCGCCUCUCUGAAGGAGCUGAACCUCACCCCAAACUGAGUGAGCUGCUCCAGUCCUACUACCACUUCCAGCUGGGAGAGGCUGGAUUGGAUAAAGCUCCACGCCUCGUCAGUCCCAGGCGCAGGGAGAACUACAGGAAGUUGGUGCCCCCCUCCCUCCUGGAGGAGACGGUGCUGAAGUUCCUGGAGGACAGACACCCCUCAGAAGAGCUGAAGAAAGCCGUGAAAGAGGGGGUGCAGGAUUUCGUGCUGCGUUAUCUGGAUUGCCCUCCAAUGAUCCCUCGGUGUCAGUGGGGGGCUCAAACACCUAAAGGGAUCCCUGUGCGCCUCUCCCCACCGCUCCGGUUCCUUUACAUUCACCACACGGAGAUUCCCAGCAGCCCCUGCCUGACCUUUCACCAGUGCUCCAGGAACAUGCGCGCCAUGCAGCGCUUCCACCAGGAGGAGCGAGGGUGGCAAGAUAUAGGAUACAGCUUUGUGGUGGGUUCUGAUGGAUACAUGUACGAGGGCCGGGGCUGGGGGAGGCAGGGCGCUCACACCAGGAACCACAACGCCUUCGGCUACGGGGUCGCCUUCGUGGGCAACUACUCAGCCUCCCUGCCGACCCAACACAGCCUGAAUCUAGUCCGCCACCGCUUGGCAAAGUGUGCCGUUACCGCUCGCUUCCUACAGGCCAAUCACACAGUCCAGGGUCACAGACAAGUUGUGGCCGGUACCACCUGCCCAGGAGAUGCUCUGUACUCUGAAAUCAGCACCUGGGAGCAUUAUAGGGAGGCUGAAUCUCCCAAUGCAACAGCCAGCUGAAGAGGGCCAGUGUACACCGCAGGGACACAGACUUUAAGAGUUACUGUCUAAUAACGAUCCAUAGGAUGUGUAUAUGACACAAGGGCUAAA